GUUGCAGGCUGCAGUGCUCAACUACAACUACAACAACAACAGACGAAAAGAAGGCAACACUAGCUAGCUAACGUUAGCUAGCCCCACACCAUCAUGUAUUUCUGUUAGCCUGUGGUGCUCGCCAGCCUUGCUGCAGUGGAGCCAAACUGAGUAAGUUGUCGAGUAACUAGACUGUAGUUAGUUAAAACGAUAGUCAAGAUAGGCCUUACUUCUCUGAGAGUUGUUUAUAGAAAUGCCGGUCGAGCUAACAUUUUAAUGCUAAGAAAUGUCAGCUAGCAAGCUACGCUAGCUAACGUUAUAGCUAGCUAACCAGUUUAACUAUAACUAAUGUAUGUUUUUCUAGCCAUCACUGAUAUGAUAACAUCAAUAGUUACAAACGGUCUAAUUGACAAUCGAUUAUAGGCUAUCUAGCAGCUGAACUCCUCAAUCGUCUGCAUCAUAUACCGGUUUCAUCUGAUAUGACUUGGCCAGCUAGCUAGUUAGCUAUCAUUAGUUAGCUAGUUAGCUGUCGACAUUAGCCACAAAAUGUAUGACAAUACUAAGGCUAGCUAGUUAGCAAGCUAAGUAAUGUAGCUAGAGUAUUUCACCAUGGAAAUUGCAUUUGUCUCUUGAAUUUCAUGAGAUCAUUCAUGUGUCAUAUGUUUUGGACUUUGCAAACUGCUCACAUCAUCAGACUGCCGAAUAAGCCAUGUCAUGUAAUAUGUGUGUCACCCUUUCAAGUGCUUAAAUCCACAUGUCAUCCCAGCAUGUGAUUUCAGCUUUGGGAAUGGGAUGUCAGACUUAUGUAAGCUUAAACUAUUAGUGUUAUAUACAAGCCUACAUCUUGCCAGUCUGUUUGCUAGCUAGUGAGUUUGUCUGUAUUAACUUACAUAAUCCCUGUGCUACAAGAUCAGACAUUAAAUAGUUGCUUGCUAGGCCUAAUUAGGCUUAUUCUUCACUUCUAAUUUCCUUUCGUUUUCAGAUCAGCCACCCAUUCCUAUGGAGAUAGAAGAGACCUGGGCUCAUGAGGAUUGCUGGGCUCACACUGAGUGGGAUACCCACCAACGACAGCAGCAGGCACAGGAGUACAGAUCACACCAGUACCUCCACUGUGGUAAGAGCAGAUGUCUUGAUACCUGCACAGUUCACAUAAAUUAGGCUAAUCUCCCAGAGAUGUCAUCUAACCAUGUUUAUAACUCUUCAAUUCUCUGUACAGUACUCAGAAUUCUUGUGUACUUCGUAUUACAUACGAAUAUGAAGUUUGGUCAGACAUGUGGCUACUGUCCCUCACUGAGUGAUGUCUUUUUGUGGUUCUGUUGGCUCUGUAGAAAGAAGAGUUUUACCAAUCAGCGCUUUUUAUCAGUACUCUAAUGGGUUGUCUGGUCUCUGAAUAGGGUGAAUUGGGCUGAAUUGUUGUGACAAUGACAUUGUGUGUGGGAGUAGGUUGGAGAUCUGACUGGGCUGGGCUAGGCUGUAGUGGGGCUAGGCAGGCGUCAGACUUCUCAGCUCCACAGGAAGUCUGUCUGUUUUUAUCUGUCUUCCUCACUGAACACAGGCAGCGACAGAUAGCCAACUCCCAGUCUUGUGGGAGUGAGUGAGGAGGGCAGGGAUGGUAGCCUAUAUUCUCAGGAAUAUGUUCUUUAGAAUAUGUUCCAAAAAAAAACAUUGCAAGUAACAAAGUUGGCAAUAACGAACACAUGUGGAUUCUUCAAUCCUAUAGCUUUGUAUGUGCUUUAUUCUUUAUUGGCCGCUUUGCAGCAGCAUUUUUGGAACAGGUUCUAAAGAACUAAAUAACAUCUUCCUGAAAAUAAUGACCAUCCAGAGAGGAGAAGGGCCAUUAGGUGAGGGCCGGGGUACAGCCAGUGUUCCUUCCAGGGAGACAGCCAGGAGCAGGAGACACGGGGUACAGUGUUGGGCCUUCUGGGAGACAGGGGCUGGAGACAGCCAGCGCCGACUCCUCCUCUAAUGUAAACAGGAUCUCCUCCUGAAGGUCGCUGGGAGACAAUACCCUGGGUAUUAUUAUGGGAAAUGACUAAGAAUAGAGAACAAGAGAGUAAGGUGGCUGUCGUUCCUGUGGUUUGUGUUUGGACUAGACGAGCCAAAACUGAAGAAGUGUUACGGUGGUGAAGAUAAUGUUCUUGGAGAGAGUGGCACGCGAGUGAAAGAGGGGGGCACAUGGUAAAAUGUCAGAGGUUUAUCAGUCUGUCUAUCUUCAUGGUCGUUUUUAAGUAUUGGAGUUGAAGGCUUAAAUAGAGAAGACAUAUUUUGUAAGCUGUUCAUAAAUGGAGACACAAGUGGAGACUUAAUGUUCUACUGUAUUUUAUUCCAGAUAUUGUAAGUAGUAUUUAUUUUACUUUAAAAUGUGGAAUAUUGGGCAUAUAGGAAAGCUAGACUACAUCUUUUUUUCUGUUAGUUUAGAUUUUCUGUCACUUGUGCCUCCUAUCUAUUCUGGAAUGUUUUAAUUUCUGAUUCACAAUGAUCUGCCAAAUACCUUCCCCAGAGCUUUUGUUAUACAUUAAUCUCACUACACUGUUCUUCUCACCGCAUGUAAACACCAACAUUUUACCUCUUGUAUUUGCCAGCUAGGAUCAUGGCCUGCUCUCUGUGUUUCUUUCUUCAUAUUUUAAGUGAUUUACAAGUGAUUUACACACUUAAAUUACUAAUCUGAUUAAUUCGAUUACUGCUAAACUGACUUUGAUCUUCUGAGACAUGGUGUGUGUUUACCAGGGUAAUACAAAUUAGUGAUGGGGGGGGGGGGGAUUGAUACAGUGAAAUAUCGCAAUAUUAUUUUGGAUUAUAUUAUAUCAAUACUUUGACUCCAAGUAUUGAUUUGUAUUUUUGUUGUUGUUAGGUAGCGCUAGUCGGCUGUACCUGCACCAAAACUCUGGUAUUUUUCAUCCUAUAGCUUGUUCUCAUCUUUUUAAAUAGUGAGCCAACAUGAUUUCAGCACUUUUAUUUCCCUGACUGAUCAAGACUCAUUUUCUCAUGCUUUCUCUCGUCUCUCUGCAUCAGCCAUAUAGUGAGCAAUAUGUUUGGAACAUCAAAUCGCAAUAACAUCGCAAUAUUGAAUCGUGAGAAUCGCAAUAUAUAUCUUAUCGGCACCAAAGUAUCACGAUAAUAUAGUAUCGGGAGGUCCCUGGCAAUUCCCAGCCUAACACGCACGCACACACACACACACACUGCCAGCCCUAAUGAAAAUGCUGUCCCAAUACCUGCCCAAUGGGAGCUAGAUUAACUGGACCGGUUUAACAAUGGUGAAAUCAAUAGCAAACCAGCCAAUAUAAUGCAUCAGAGAUUCAGGUGUCAGAACAUGCAUGCGAUAGUCGGUCUAUUUCAUUACUACAUAUUUUCAAAUGAAUCAUCUGGUAGCCUAUUAUCUGAUGCAUGACCCUGUUAGCAUUGCUGCCAUUGAUUCAGAGGGGUUGGGUUAAAUGCGGAAGACCUAUUUGGGUUGAAUGCGUUCAGUUGUGCAGCUGACCAGGUAUCCCCCUUUCCCUUUCCUGUUGCUGUCAGUACAGAAUAUGUGUUACACAUCACAUUCAUUCGACAUAGGAUGCUUGUUUUUUUUGUUCAUAGAGUGCCAGAGGCAAGAGCUAUGGUAGUCUUCAUUUGAUUUGAGUGUUAAAUGAAGACAGGAAUGGCUGUUACUAAUUGCAGUAGCUAAUCUAUAUGUUCCGGAUGCCAUUAUCUUUUUAUGGCAUAAAAGGGCGUUCCCUAUUUUAAUGUAAUAGACAAUUUAUUAGUGGCACCAUUAUUUUAUUGGAGCUGAAGGCCCCCAUUUUUGAAAUGCCAAGUAUUUCAGAAAGCUUAUUGCUCUUAUGCAAUUUGAUCAUAAAAAAACGUUGAAUUUGAAAUUAUGAAACAUACUGUCUGUCAUAGUAAGGGUGGCAGGUAGCCUAGCAGUUAAAGCGUUGGGCCAAUAACCGAAACGUCGCCAGUUCGAAUCCCCAAUUCGACAAGGUGAAAAAUCCGUCUGUGCCUUUUGAGCAAGGCACUUAACCCUAAUUGCUCCAGGGUCGCCAUUGAUAAUAGCAGACCCUGGCCAUGACCCAACUCUCGUAGGGUGUCUCAGGGGGAGUUGGGAUAUGCAAAAACAUAUUUCCAAUUCACACAUGCGUGUAAUACAUACUUUUACAUGUGUGAAACAGGACAAAUUUAAGCACCCACCUAAUUAUUAUUACUAUUAACUCUCCUCUUCCCAGAUAAACCAUGAUCCCCAUCACUGAGCUGCGUUACUUUGUAGACUGUCAGCCGGCCUACCGUAUCCUGAAGCCAUGGUGGGACGUCUUCACUGACUACAUCUCCAUAGUCAUGCUGAUGAUCGCCGUGUUCGGGGGAACGCUGCAGGUCCGUGAGAGGACAUUCCCUUUUUUUUUUAGCUUGUUUUUGUUCAGCUUCUGUUACAAAUCAUUUAAAAGUGUAAUUUGUCAUAUGCACGGGAUACAGCGUAGUAUAUACACACACACACUACAAUGAAAUGCUUACUUUACUAUUGUCGAUGUGCCUAAAAUGCUCUCGUUUCACUCUUUAGGUCACCCAGGACAAGAUGAUCUGCCUACCCUGCAAGUGGGUGGUCAACCAGACCUGCAGGAGGCAUUUCAACGCCACCCAGUCGGCCCCGCUGUUGUUGGAGCCCAAAGGGAUCCAAUACAACCUGGAUCGCCACCAGUACAACUACGUAGACGCCGUGUGCUACGAGAACCGCCUGCACUGGUUCGCCAAGUACUUCCCCUACCUGGUGCUACUUCAUACCCUCAUUUUCCUGGCCUGCAGUAACUUCUGGUUCAAGUUCCCCCGGACUAGUUCCAAACUGGAGCACUUUGUGUCCAUCUUACUCAAGUGUUUUGACUCUCCCUGGACCACCAGGGCCCUGUCUGAGACAGUGGUGGAGGAGCGCGACCCCAAGCCCCACAAGAUGAACGGCUCCAUGGAUAAGAAGGCGUCAUGUGUCAGCGAGGACGUGGAGGCCAGCGUCCCCAUGCUCCAAAAGACAAAGUCUCGCCUGGAGCAGGGGAUCGUGGACCGCACUGAGACAGGCGUCCUGGAUAAAAAAGAGGGCGAACAAGCAAAAGCUCUGUUCGAAAAGGUGAAAAAGUUCCGCCUACAUGUGGAAGAGGGAGACAUUGUGUACAGGCUCUACAUCCGACAGACUAUUAUCAAAGUCAUUAAGUUCAUUUUGAUUAUCUGCUAUACAGGGUAUUAUGUGCACAAAAUUCAGUUCAGCGUGGACUGUAGUGUGGAUAUAGAGAGCCUCACGGGGUACAGCAUGUAUCGUUGUGCCCAUCCUCUGGCCACGCUGUUUAAGAUCCUAGCCUGCGUCUACAUCAGUUUAGUGGGGGUUUACGGCUUAAUUUGCAUGUACACUCUCUGUUGGAUGCUGCGGCACUCGCUGAAGAAAUACUCCUUCGAGUCGAUACGAGAGGAGAGCAGUUACAGCGACAUACCGGACGUAAAGAACGACUUUGCUUUCAUGCUGCACAUGAUCGACCAGUACGACCCUCUGUACUCCAAACGCUUUGCCGUCUUCCUGUCCGAGGUGAGCGAGAACAAGCUGCGGCAGCUCAACCUGAACAACGAGUGGACUCUGGACAAACUGAGGCAGAGGAUCACCAAGAACUCCCAGGAGAAGCUGGAGCUGCACCUCUUCAUGCUGAGCGGCAUCCCAGACACAGUGUUUGACCUGAUGGAGCUGGAGGUAGUUUGUGUAGAGUUGGCUCUAUUCCUUGUUGUCCUUGUUGUUCCUGUGACUUGUUUUUAUCUAUUUUUGAAUGCACACACUGUACCAACCUUGUGAUUGUUGUACAUUAUAGGAAAAGUACUCGCACAUCUGAGUCGGAGGUGUGUUGGAAUAAUUACACGAUGUCUUAAAAGAAGCGAGAAACUCGCACACUGCUUUUGCCCGUGUCGCUUCAGUUUAUUGAGCUUCGAUAUCGGCCUCUCUGUCCGUAUGUAUUGUUUUUGUUAUUAUUCUAGGUGCUGAAGCUGGAGCUCAUCCCAGACAUCACCAUCCCUCCCAUCAUCGCCCAGCUGGUCAACCUGAAGGAGCUUUGGCUGUACCACACCCCGGCUAAGAUCGAGGCUCCGGCCCUGGCCUUCCUCAGGGAGAACCUCAAGUCCCUCCACAUCAAGUUCACCGACAUCAAGGAGAUCCCUCUGUGGAUCUACAGCCUGAAGAACCUGAGCGAGCUGCACUUGACAGGGAACCUGAGCGCAGAGAACAACCGAUACAUUGUUAUUGAUGGGCUACGGGAGCUGAAGAGGCUCAAGGUGCUCCGGCUGAAGAGCAACCUGACCAAGCUACCUCAGGUCUUUUUUUUUCUCUUUUUUUUCUUCCUCACUCUGUCUUUUUGUCUAGUGUUUGUUUGUGUUUCAUGUAAUUUUUUGUUUUAAUCAUUUUGUUUGUGAGAGGAGCCCCUAUCAAGCCCUGUUGGUUUUUUCCCCCUCUCCCUGCACUGUAAUGUUUCACCUUUUAUGUAUGAUGUUCUUCACCUCAGGUGGUGACUGACGUGGGGGUGCACCUCCAGAAGCUGUCAGUCAACAACGAGGGCACCAAGCUGAUGGUCCUCAACAGCCUGAAGAAGAUGGUGAACCUGACUGAACUGGAGCUGAUCCGCUGUGACCUGGAACGCAUCCCACACUCCAUCUUCAGCCUGCACAACUUGCAGGAGAUUGACCUUAAGGUUCGUUUGUCAUUGCUGUUUAUUACGCUGCGUUAGGGUUGCAAAAUUCUGUUCACUUUCCCAAAUUUCCCUGGUUUUCCAGAAGUCCUGGUCGCAGGAUGACAUUUUAUUAAGUGAUUGUAUUGUUUUUAUUAAACUUGCUGAUUUUAUUACGUAAAAUGACUUUGGUUUCCCGGACACACAUUAAGGUGGCUCUCACACCAAAUUGGUUUGGAGUGUUCUUUCCGAAUUUUGCCACUUUUCUUCCCUUAGUUCCGUUAGUUUGGACUGGUGUGAGCACUCUAUCCGCACUCGUGAGUGCACUAAACAACGCACGUGGUUCGCUCGUAAAGGGUAAUCUCGGUCUGAUUCAAUUUGUACCGUGGUGCGGUUCGCUGCCAUUGAGAAUGCAGUCCAGACCAAACACAGGAAAAUAACCAGAGUUCCGCAUUAUUAUUGGUUGUUUGACUGAGAGCAUUUGAUGAAGUGCACGCAGUACCAUAACUUGAUAUCUCUGAAACAUUCUGUGAGUAGCUGCGCAUUUAUGACCACAUCCGAUGCAGAUUGGGGGGACUGGGGCUAUACAGGGGAUAUAGGCUACUGAAUAUAGACUGUUCACGUCAAGGGUUAAAGUGGCUUUUGCGUUGUUACCUCCCGCAUGUUGUUGGAAGACCAAAGCGAAAGUAGUAUGAAGUUUGGGACAUACAAGUUAUGCUUUUGAUUAUUGAAGAUGGAUUUACCGUGAUAAUUUCUCUCCAAUAAACAAAUGACUUGCAUGAACAGGUGGUUUUGUUUAGGCAUUUUAGUUGGUUUGACAUUUUGGCAAUGUGAAACCAACUGGACCAAAUGAAAAAAUAAAAAAUGAAAAAAAUACUAUGUAACAAAUAAUCAAACUCUGAUUGGAACUAUAGCUCAGUGAAAACGUGUGUGAAAACGCCCUAAAUCUAGUCCUGGACAAAAAACCAUGCUCAAUGGAGGAUAUCCUUUGGAAUAGUUGUUUACCCCAGUACUAAACUGAAUCUGUGUCUGAGAAACUGGCCCUGUUUAUUUUGUAUUUUUUUAUGUAUGAAUAAAAUGUAUUAUUAUUGUCAUCAUUGAAGGACAACAACCUGAAGACCAUUGAGGAGAUCAUCAGCUUCCAGCACCUGCACCGGCUGGUCUGCCUUAAACUCUGGUACAACCAGAUCGCCUAUAUUCCCAUCCAGAUCGGCACCCUCAACAACCUGGAGCGUCUCUAUCUGAACAGGAACAAGAUCGAUAAUAUCCCCAGCCAGCUGUUCUACUGCCGUAAGCUGCGCUUCCUGGACCUGAGCCACAACAACCUCACCUACAUCCCAGCAGACGUCGGGUACCUGCAGAACCUUCAGUACCUGGCAGUCACCGCCAACCGAGUGAGUGCUUUCAUUUUCAUUUUUGGUUUUCUGUACAAACAUUUCUGAGGGUGUAUUCUGGAUGAGUUAUGAGGAACGUGUUGUCCGUAGCCGUGUUGACUCAUCUGAGAACUGUGAAUCAAAUCCCAUUAACACAUUGUGCAGUGUUAGUCACGUCCACCUGACACUAUAACACAUUGUGCAGUGUUAGUUACAUCCACCUGACACUAUAACACAUUGUGCAGUGUUAGUCACAUCCACCUGACACUAUAACGCAGUGUGAGUCACAUCCACCUGACACUAACACAUUGUGCAGUGUGAGUCAUGUCCACAUGACACUAUCACACAUUGUGCAGUGUUAGUCACAUCCACAUGACACUAUCACACAUUGUGCAGUAUUAGCCACGUCCACAUGACACUAUAACACAUUGUGCAGUGUUAGUCACAUCCACAUGACACUAUAACACAUUGUGCAGUGUUAGUCACGUCCACAUGACACUAUAACACAUUGUGCAGUGUUAGUCACAUCCACAUGACACUAUAACACAUUGUGCAGUGUUAGUCACAUCCACAUGACACUAUCACACAUUGUGCAGUGUUAGUCACGUCCACCUGACACUAUAACACAUUGUACACUGUUAGUCACAUCCACAUGACACUAUAACGCAGUGUGAGUCACAUCCACCUGACACUAACACAUUGUGCAGUGAGAGUCACGUCCACAUGACACUAUAACACAUUGUGCAGUGUUAGUCACAUCCACCUGACACUAUAACGCAGUGUGAGUCACAUCCACCUGACACUAACACAUUGUGCAGUGAGAGUCACGUCCACAUGACACUAUAACACAUUGUGCAGUGUUAGUCACAUCCACAUGACACUAUAACACAAUGUGCAGUGUUAGUCACAUCCACAUGACACUAUAACACAUUGUGCAGUGUGAGUCACAUCCACCUGACACUAACACAUUGUGCAGUGUUAGUCAUGUCCACCUGACACUAUAACACAUUGUACAGUGUUAGUCACAUCCACAUGACACUAUAACACAUUGUGCAGUGUUAGUCACAUCCACAUGACACUAUCACACAUUGUGCAGUGUUAGUCACAUCCACCUGACACUAUAACACAUUGUGCAGUGUUAGUCAUGUCCACAUGACACUAUAACACAUUGUGCAGUGUUAGUCACAUCCACAUGACACUAUAACACAUUGUGCAGUGUUAGUCACAUCCACAUGACACUAUCACACAUUGUGCAGUGUUAGUCACAUCCACCUGACACUAUAACACAUUGUGCAGUGUUAGUCACAUCCACCUGACACUAUAACACAUUGUGCAGUGUUAGUCACAUCCACCUGACACUAACACAUUGUGCAGUGUUAGUCACAUCCACAUGACACUAUAACACAUUGUGCAGUGUUAGUCACAUCCACAUGACACUAUAACACAUUGUGCAGUGUUAGUCACAUCCACAUGACACUAUAACACAUUGUGCAGUGUUAGUCACAUCCACAUGACACUAUCACACAUUGUGCAGUGUUAGUCACAUCCACCUGACACUAUAACACAUUGUGCAGUGUUAGUCACGUCCACCUGACACUAUAACACAUUGUGCAGUGUUAGUCACAUCCACAUGACACUAUCACACAUUGUGCAGUGUUAGUCACGUCCACAUGACACUAUCACACAUUGUGCAGUGUUAGUCACAUCCACCUGACACUAACACAUUGUGCAGUGUUAGUCACAUCCACCUGACACUAACACAUUGUGCAGUGUUAGUCAUGUCCACAUGACACUAUAACACAUUGUGCAGUGUUAGUCACGUCCACCUGACACUAUAACACAUUGUGCAGUGUUAGUCACAUCCACCUGACACUAACACAUUGUGCAGUGUUAGUCACAUCCACCUGACACUAACACAUUGUGCAGUGUUAGUCACAUCCACCUGACACUAACACAUUGUGCAAUGUUAGUCACAUCCACCUGACACUAACACAUUGUGCAGUGUUAGUCACAUCCACAUGACACUAUAACACAUUGUGCAGUGUUAGUCACAUCCACCUGACACUAACACAUUGUGCAGUGUUAGUCACGUCCACCUGACACUAUAACACAUUGUGCAGUGUUAGUCACGUCCACAUGACACUAUCACACAUUGUGCAGUGUUAGUCACGUCCACAUGACACUAUAACACAUUGUGCAGUGUUAGUCACAUCCACAUGACACUAUAACACAUUGUGCAGUGUUAGUCACAUCCACAUGACACUAUCACACAUUGUGCAGUGUUAGUCACGUCCACCUGACACUAUAACACAUUGUGCAGUGUUAGUCACAUCCACCUGACACUAACACAUUGUGCAGUGAGAGUCAUGUCCACAUGACACUAUAACACAUUGUGCAGUGUUAGUCACAUGCACAUGACACUAUCACACAUUGUGCAGUGUUAGUCACAUCCACCUGACACUAUAACACAUUGUGCAGUGUUAGUCACAUCCACCUGACACUAUAACACAUUGUGCAGUGUUAGUCACAUCCACAUGACACUAUCACACAUUGUGCAGUAUUAGCCACGUCCACCUGACACUAUAACACAUUGUACACUGUUAGUCACAUCCACCUGACACUAUCGCUCCAUCUCACUUUUUCCUCUUUUUGUUCUACCUCUUCGCCCCAUUUAGAUUGAGACCCUGCCCAACGAGCUGUUCCAGUGUAAGAAGCUCCGUACUCUGAACCUGGGAAACAACUGCCUGACGUCUCUGCCGUCGCGCUUCGGGGAGCUGACGGGCCUGACCCAGCUGGAGCUGAGGGGGAACAGGUUGGACUGUCUGCCCGUGGAGCUCGGGGAAUGCAGGCAGUUGAAAAAGACUGGUCUGGUGGUGGAAGAAGAUCUCUUCAACACCCUACCCACCGAGGUGAAGGAGCAGCUGUGGAAGGUGGACAAGGAGACUGCC